AUGAGAUCUGACAAGUCUCCCUCCCUCCAUCAGCCUGCAUGGGAAACUCAGGCCAGGGCCACACAGACUUGGUGCUGGGGGCCCCAGAGAGAAGCUGACGACCCCCUGGCUCUCCAGACCCAGGAUGUAGGGAAAGCCCACCAGGACUUGAAGGAGAAGAAAGAGAAGGUGGAGGAGAAGGCAAGCCGGAAAGAACGAAAGAAAGAAGUAGUGGAGGAGGAGGAGAACGGGGCUGAGGAGGAGGAAGAAGAAACUGCUGAGGAUGGAGAGGAGGAGGAUGAAGGGGACGAGGAAGAUGAGGAAGAAGAAGAAGAUGACGACGAAGGGCCCGCGCUGAAGAGAGCUGCUGAAGAGGAGGAUGAAGCGGAUCCCAAGCGGCAGAAGACAGAAAAUGGGGCGUCGGCAUGAGCCCCCUGCCAGUGGGCUGGGGGUGGGAGGCCCCUCAGGGCCUGGAGGUGGGGGUGGGGACAGCCGAGUGCAGCCACUCUUCACCUGUCUCCCUGCUCUGGGCCCUGCGCCAGAGCUGCCGCCCUCCCUCUCCCCAGCCUUCUCCUGCCGCCUCUCCAUACACUGCCCCCUCCAUCCUCACUGCCAUCUUCCACCUCCUGACCUGCUCCAUCUGAGCUCUCCAGCUGGUCCCCAGUUGCCCCCUCCCUCUCCCUUCUCCCUUCCUCCCUCCUGUCAGCCAAUCCUACUCUCCUCCAGCCAAUCUCACCCUCCUCGGCAGCCUCUCUUUCCUGUCCUCUGCAUCCCAGCCUCACAUCCUGCCCAUCCCUACCCUGCCUGAUCCCUGGGUCUCCCUCAGACACCCUCCUCUCAGACAGCGCCAGGCCGGGGUGGGGCCAGGGUUGGGGCCGAGCCCCACAGCUGCCCCCCUCCCCUCCCCUUUUUGUAUAAUUUAAUAAAGAAACGGUCGCGCUUCUGUUUUUAA